GUAUCCGACGUAAAUGAUGACGUCCGACGAGCUGCCGUCACGGCGCUGGGUUUCCUCUUAUUCAGAACUCCUGAACAAUGCCCAAGCGUAGUUUCUCUGCUGGCUGAGAGUUACAACCCUCACGUACGGUACGGAGCUGCCAUGGCCCUCGGUAUCGCCUGUGCUGGCACCGGACUCCGCGAAGCUAUUGCUCUUCUGGAACCGAUGGUGAUGUUCGAUCCAGUCAAUUUCGUUCGUCAAGGAGCUCUCAUCGCUUCUGCCAUGAUCUUGAUCCAGCAGACCGAACAGACCUGUCCUAAAGUUAGUUUCUUCAGACAGACUUACGCUCAGGUCAUCGCCAACAAACAUGAGGAUGUUAUGGCCAAAUUCGGAGCUAUUUUGGCUCAAGGAAUUAUUGACGCUGGAGGCAGGAAUGUUACAUUAUCACUCCAGUCGAGAACAGGACACACCAAUAUGUUGGCAGUGGUCGGAACUUUGGUGUUCACCCAGUAUUGGUACUGGUUCCCUCUCUCCCAUUGUUUGGCUCUGGCUUUCACCCCAACUUGUGUUAUCGCCCUCAAUGAACAACUCAAAAUGCCCAAGUUGGAACUGAAAUCGAAUGCAAAACCAAGUCUCUACGCAUAUCCAGCUCCAAUGGAAGAGAAAAAGCGCGAAGAGAGAGAGAAAGUAACCACCGCUGUUCUGAGUAUCGCUGCAAGACAACGUAGGAAGGAUCAUGAAAAGAAGCAUCGGGAUGAAAAAAUGGAUGUGGACGAAGACAAGUCUGCAGAGAAAGAUGACAAGAAAACGACGGACGACAAGAAAGCAGAAGACAAGAAACCAAGCAGCUCCACUUCUGAGGACAAAAAAGAAAAGAAGGAUGAAAAAGACGAGAAGAAGAAGGAGCCUGAACCAAGUUUCGAAAUUCUGCAAAAUCCUGCGAGGGUAAUGAGGCAGCAACUGAAGGUUCUUUCGAUAAAUGAUAGUAGCCAGUACGCACCCGCGAAGGAAGUAUCCAUCGGUGGCAUAAUCAUGGUUCGCAAUCUCAAGCCUGGAGAUGAAGAACUUGUUGAGCCCGUUGCAGCUUUCGGACCGAAAGGUGAGGAUGAGAAAGAACCUGAACCACCAGAGCCAUUCGAAUGGACUGAGGAAUAAAUUAAUACUAAUACUAUAGCAUCCUCUUUCAUUGACGCUUCUUUACACAGUCCACUUUCCCAUUAUAUUAUUAGCCAUUAGAAAUAUAAUAUGGAUGUAUCUAAGUAGUUUUUCUGUUAUAAGCUAUUUAUUAACCUGGGAAAUAUAGUCCCAGUCAUUUAUUGUCACAUAUGUAAUCACCAUCUUGAUGUUUCAAUAAAGAAUAAGAUCUA